AUGAAGCCACACAACCUAUUGCAGGCCCUGCUACUUACAGCUUCAGUUGUUGUAAAUGCCGGAAAAAACCCCAGACCUUCAGUCGCUUCUUCCAGCACUGGUAGAAAGAGCAAUGGCGACACUCGCAAGUUCAUCAUCGAAGUUGAGCCGAUGGAGGGAGUCAUUAAUGUCUGGCCAGUACACAAAGUAUCUAUGCCCAAAGUUGAACAGUCGAAACACGGUCCAUCCUCAUCGAUAAGAAACUAUUCUAUCCACCAUUGGACGGGCGUCGAUAAACUCCAUGCCGCUGGGAUACGUGGAAAAGGGGCCACUGUCGCCAUAGUAGACACAGGUAUUGACUAUACGCACAAAGCGCUUGGAGGAUGCUUCGGUCCGGGAUGUAAAGUCAAAGGAGGUUAUGACCUUGUGGGAGCCGACUGUGGGAUGUUCAACGUCGUUUGCGUGACUCAACAACUGACUGUUUAUCUAGGGGAGACACACAACGAGAAGAAACACCCAAAGCGACCAGACAAUGAUCCCAUGGAUUACCAAGGGCAUGGAACACACGUAGCUGGUAUUAUUGCUGCUGAAAAUGAAUGGCUUACCGGAGUUGCACCUGAUGCGGAACUUCUUAUCUACAAGGUAUUUUCCGAUAACCCAUGGGAAACUGACGAGGUGACUAUAAUGCAAGCAUUAUGUGAUGCUUACAAUGCGGGAGCCGAUGUUAUUACUUCAAGCAUUGGACAGCCAAGCGGAUGGUCCGACAAUCCCUGGGCUGUGCUAGCUAGCCGACUGGUCGACAAAGGUGUCGUGAUGAUCGCAUCAGCUGGCAAUGAAGGAGAGUUCGGACCCUUCUACUCCAGUAGCGGCGCUAUCGGACAUGGUGUACUCGCCGUGGCUGCUGCCAAUGUCACCACAAAACCCAAUGCAAACAGAACCGGCGAGGACUAUGGACCAAUGCCCGUUUACUUCACCACUUGGGGACCAACGAAUGAGUUGCUCCUUAAACCAGACAUCGCCGCUCCAGGUUUCGAAAUCACGAGCACUGUGUUAAACCAGAGUUACGAAGAACUGAGCGGGACAUCCAUGUCAGCGCCAUACAUAGCAGGAAUCGCAGCCCUUUUCAUCGGGAAAUAUGGUGGCCGUGCUUUCAAUGGUGCCGGAGUAGCUAAGAUGCUUCGAGAUCGCAUUGCUUCGAGUGGGAAAAGCCUGCCAUUUGUGAGUAGCCGCCUCAACCGGAAGUUCAAAUCUCCACCAUUCCAGGUUGGAACUGGACUGGUGGAUGCAAUCAAGGUGCUUAAUUACGAUACCCAGCUCGAGUAUGAGCCUUUUGCGCUGAGAGACACCGAAUUGUUCACGCCACGAUGGAAAUUCAACAUCACCAACACUGGUGGAAGGGUACACCAAUACAAAUUCAAACUUGAGCCCCAGGCAGGCUUCAAUAUCUACGACGCCAACUAUGGGGUUUCUCUGUUGUAUGGAAUUGAACCAAAGAACAUCGUCCCUCCUGUGAGACUCCCUCAUACGGUUUUCAUAGAGCCAGGAGAGACAAGAGAGCUGAGUGUCACCUUUGGUCUUCCAGACGUCGACGACGAUUACUUGCCAUUGUAUGGCGGCAAGGUAUGGGUAGUUUCUGAUCACGGAGAGAAACUGUCCAUACCGUAUGGAGGAGCGGCGUAUGAUACUGAAAAGGCAUUCGACAACAUGUUCAUUGCCGAACCGUUCAUCACAGAUCCGGAUAAGGACUUGACCUGGUCUUUCAACAUCGACAGAGAUCCGAAUGAUUUUAUUGAGAUUGGUGGUAGGCUGUCAUACGCUUGCCAGAACCUCAGAUGGGAUAUCUUUGAGCAGGGCUGGACAGAAUCACUCUGGACCUACCCUCUUCGUGUUGGCGAAUUUGGCUACGUCGGUUCAGCAACUACGAUGCGCGAUGCCGAAGAAUUUUGGUUCUUCGAUCCAACCAUCAAUGACGCGAACGACACUAUACCGUUCCCCCUCAAACGUGAAUCGCGCGGGUUUCAUGUAUUUUGGUGGUUUGGUAAGCUCGCCAACGGUACGAGAAUAGUGCCCGGAAAUUACACACCAGCGGACAGCAGCAUACAGGUGUUGCCUUAUAACGAUAACGACAACGACACACACAGUUCGAAUCUGACAUCCAAGGCACCCCGGUACCAGAUGCCGAGUCUGAGAAAGGCCUCGUUGAAAGGACAGUAG